UUUCCCUGCCAUUUUUCAAAAUGGAGAAAUUAAAUCUUCCAGAGAAAUACAGUUAUAAAAUAAUUGAGAUUGAUGAGAAUAGAGCUAUUUUUCGCAUUUCUGAUCUUGUAAAUAAAGAAUCAGCACAGGAAUGGAUUAAAGAAUAUGAACAAAGAUCAGAAACAGUUUGGCGUGUUCAGAGAACACAUAAAUCAACUGGGCGCCUUAAUGUUUAUAAAGGUGACUUUAGAUGCCAGCACAAUGUGCAACAGGUAUCAAAACAUGUGAAAGAAAGUAAAAAUACUGGAUGGCCUGCAGUUCUUAAAAUUACUAUUCAAAGGUAUUUUUCACUGCCAAAACACAAAGAUCCACUCCCAGAAGUUAUAGAGUUUCCUGCAUUAUGUGAGCUUCUGUACUUGCAUAAUCAUUUGCUUGACAGUGCUGCUGUUAAAAAGUUCAGGCCAUUAUCAAACCUAACGCAAAAGCGUCUGAUAGAAUUGUUUAAAUUAGGGCAUACUGCAGCUACUGCAAGACAGAUGUUGCAAAUGGAAUUAGAGCUUCAGAGUAAUGAAGAUUAUGCAGAAGCAUGCAUGGACAGUUCUAAGCUACCUUCAUUAUCUGUCGUAAAUCACUUGCUAAAUAAUGAAUUUAGGAAAAUCUAUGGAUCUCGAAGAGAAAACGAUAUUGACAGGGAAGUUGAAAAAUAUAUUUCCUCAUACAAUCAACAGCCAUUCUGUAAAGCUGCUUUUUCAAAAGUAAAGAACAGUUUGGCGAUUGCUGUAGUGACGCCGAUAAUGAAGCGAAGUAUAGAUUUACUUAGCAACGUUCAAGAAAUGAUAAUGCUUGAUUCAUCUGGCCACAUGGACAGAUUAAAUCAUCGUGUUUAUUUUUUUAUUUCUCCAGGUGUAGCUGGUGGAAUACCUAUUGACUGCAUCAUCACAAAUGCAGAAGAAACUAAUAUUUUUCGUGAAGUAGUGAAACUUCUUAGUGAGUGUUUCCCUGAGAAAUGCUGUUUAUUGCAAAAUGGGCCACUGAUUGUAAUGACAGAUGAUGAUCUGAAGGAAAGAGAAGUUCUGAGUGAAAUAUGGCCAAAUUCUACUUACUUACUCUGUCAGUUUCAUGUGCUAAAAGCAGUGUGGCGAUGGCUUAUGAACAGUGAAAAUAAAAUUCUAAAAGAGCACCGUCAAGAAUUAUAUUUUUCCUUUAAAUCAUUGAUGUAUGCAGAAACUGAAAUGCAACUGAAAGAGUUGCUUCAAAAUAUGUUGGAGAAUAGCACAGUCAGGGAAUAUGACAAGUUCAUCAUAUAUUUGAGCAAGUUGUUCUCCCAAAAGCAUUUAUGGUGCACUUGUCAUAGAAAAAUGCUUUUAACCAGGGGAAAUAAUACAACAAACUAUGUUGAAAGUUUGUUCAAAGUUUUAAAAGAGACCAUACUUGGACGAGUGAAAGCAUUUAGCUUAGUUCAAUUAUUGGACUUCAUUGUCACAAAAUUUGAGAAGUAUCUACAUAGUAGAUAUUUAGAUUUUAGUUUUGGUCGUUCUAACAAAAAACUAGUAAAAAGGUUUUUGCCUGAUGAUAAAGGAAUAAUUCAAAACAUCAGAUCACUAAAUAAAGAUAACACUUAUUUUGAAAUUGAUCAACAUUUUGUUGAUUUGGAAAGUUCCAUUUGCACUUGCUUUGUUGGCAUGAAUGGAAAGCUUUGCAAACAUUUAAGUGCUGUAAUUCCGAAACAAAAUAAACAAUCAACAUUUGUCUAUUCUCUAGAAAGUAGAAAAUUAAUGUAUGAAGUGGCUACUGGAAAAAAAUUGGAUUCAAAUAGCACCCUCUUGCUACCUUUAAGUUUUAACCCAUCACACAAUUUUCCUUCUUCUCAAUCUGAUGAUGCUCUACAACCACAAUUUUCUUCUACGGUACUUCCACAUUCAUCUAACAAUAUACUUUCACAAUUUAAUAAUAAUACACUAAAACAUUCUUCAAAUGACACACUUUCACCUAGAGAUAUUGACACAUUUUCACAGCCUUGCAAUGAUAACAACAUGAUUCUACCAACUAUAAACACUACUUCACAGCCCAUUGCAGCUACAUGUCAAAACUCAGACAGUGAAACAGAUGAUGAUGAUGAUGGUGAUUAUUUACAAAAAUUUUAUGAUAUAAUUAAUCGGAUUAAAUCCGGUUACAAAAAUAAUCCUGAUGUUUUUAAGCCAGCAAUAAAAAAAAUGGUGAAGAAUGUUAACAAGUUUGGAAAAACAGAAACUGGAUUGGUGUCUACCUUGCAUAACUUUGGAAGGUACUUUUUUAAACUUAUUUUUGUAGGCUUGUUAAGUUUACACUGGAAAAUUCACAAGAUAGAAAAUAAGAUUUAAUGUGUAACAAUUUAAUAUUUAUAUUGUAUUGUAGCAAAUUAAUUUUAUUAUUUUUAAAGACUAAACUUUUUUUUUUUCAGUUUUGAAGUGUGUUUAGCUUUAGAUUUCUUAAUUGUUUGAUGUUUUUCUUUUAAUUUUUAUUGCUGUAAAAAUUGAAACUGAAAGAGUGAUAGAUUUACUACAAUAUACAUUCAAUACAAGAAUCUAAAAAUGUAUUAUUAAAAUUUUAGCUAAACAGUGUAUGGGUUUUUAUUAAUUUUAUUUUAAUGUUCUCUAAAGUAUAGUUAAUGUUUAUGUUAUGGGUUAAUACUAACAACUUUUUUUACACCACAUUUAAAGAGUUUAGCGAAAGAAAGUGUCAAAUAGCAAUUUAAAAACUUCUACAUUCAUCAUUUAUAAUAUGGUAGGAUAUUAUUCUAUAGAAAAUUUAAUAAGAGAGUUUCAGUAUGAAAAGGGGUUUUGUAAGUAGCUUUCUUGUAUUUUUAUACAUUCUAAAGCUAAAUUUCUUUAAUUUAUUAAAAUGUCAUGCAGGACUUUCUUCCACUAAACUCUUCGGUUGUAUGAUGAAGUUGGCAGAAAUUUACUUAGAUUUCUUCUUUUGUUUUCCCUUCCUUUUAGAAACCUUAACUACUCAAGCACAGGGGUGUUUGUGCUCCGGGGAAACCCCGGAAUUCCGGGGAUCGUCGUUCAAAAGGAAGUAGGAAUAAUAAUGAAUUAUUUAUUUUGAUCUGGGUAAUUUUGUUUGCUUUGAAAGCAGAAAACGCAAGGCCAGUGUGUGUGGUGAAAACUUUUCCUUUCUUUCUCCAAAGGCAGUGAUAAUGCGUGAAAAGGGGGAAAAAACUUCUUUUUUGUUCUUUCCUUUUUGCGAGUUAUGACUCAUUCCCCCGGUUCUCGGACAUUCUCUUCUGGAUUCUUUUCGGCAAGUAGGCGCGGCAGAAAAAAAAGGGAGAGACUUCGUUCGACCAGAUGUGCGAUCACGUGACCUGGGUUCAAAGGUCUUAAUUUUGCAAAAUUAAUGGUUAUUAAUUUUGCAAAAAAAAAAAGUAAUUCGUUGAACUUUUAUAAGUAGGUCAUUCAAUACUUCAUAAUUGUAAUUUUUCACCCCCCCCCUUCUCGAAACUCCAAAAUAUCGGUAGUAAGUCCUUAAAAGUUUCAGGGGAUUUUUUGGGGUCCCACAAACACCCCUGCAAGCAGAGUUUUGAAGUGCAGCAGAAGGAGAGGCAAUCAAAUUCCUGUUGAACCUACAGCAAUUGCAAGAAGAAAAUCUAUUUAUUCUGGUAGGAAAACUCAAGUUGGUGGAAGGCCAGUUAAACGAGCAUUACCACCUGCCCUAAAAGAACAUACUUAUGGAAUAUUCUCUGAGUUACCGAAAAAACAUCGAAAAACAAAACAUAGUUUGACGCAUUGUGUUGAAAAGAAUGUAUCUCUUCCAAAUUAAUUUAUAUUUAUUUUAUUACUAUCAUGCUUAAAAAAAAUAUGUUCCUUGGUUUUUUUUAUUUUUUAUACAUGCUUUAAAAAUGUAUUAGAAAAUUUUAACAGGAUUUGUAUGGUGUUGAAAUAAUUGGUAUUAAUGAUAUAAAAUUUUAAUGCUAUUAAAUAGCACUUCCAUGAAACUGUUAUAUGUUAAAUAUUUUUCAGCUUAUUAUAUAUUAAAAA